AUGUCGGAAGUUAAAGAAGGGUACGCCUUGGGCGCCGAGGUGGAUGAAUCGGACUCCUUCGAUACCAUCACAGCAUUGGUAGCGGAAGACCACCAACAUGACAUCAAGCUCCGUACUAUGUCUUGGCAUAAGACUGCUUGUCUGCUUGCAGGCGAGCAGGUCUGCCUCGCGAUCAUGGCUCAGUCCUGGUCUCUCUCUGUUUUGGGAUGGGUCCCCGGUAUCAUCACAAUGGUCCUCUGCUGCAUUCUCUUCUGGUUCACCUCGAUCACAAUGCACAAGUACAUCAUGAAGUAUCCUCAGAUCAAAGACAUUUGUGAUUUUGGAUACUAUGUCUUCGGAAAAAGCAAGGCCGCCUAUGUGUUUUCAGCCUUCAUGCUCCUCGCAAACAACAUCAUGCUUAUCGGCUUCCACACAUUGACAGGUGCCAAGGUUCUGAAUACGCUCUCCGAUCAUUCCCUGUGCACGGCUGUGUUCUCGGUGAUUGUGACUAUCAUGGGAAUCGUCAUGUCCAUGCCUCGGACUCUACACCAUGUCAGCUUCAUGUCCAUGUUUUCAUCUGCGUGUAUGGGAAUCUCAAUCCUGCUCUUCCUCGUCUUUGCCGGAAUUGAAAAAGCGCCUCUGUACGGAUAUAAUGGAAACUACCCUACCGAUGGGCUCGUGAAGACCAAUGCCUUCCCUCUCCCGGGCACCACUUGGGUUGCGUGCAUGAACGCCGUGCUCAACAUCACCUUCCUCUGGGUCCCCCAGAUCCUGUUCCCGACAUUCAUCGCCGAGAUGGAGAAGCCACAGGAUUUUCCCAAGGCGCUGGCAGUGCUUACCGUGAUCUCGGCGAUUCUAUUCAUCGUACCACCUGCCAUCGGUUACCGCUACCUAGGGCAGUACGCCACCGCGCCCGCAUUUGGUAGUCUUGGAGUUGUGUCGUACAAGAAGGCUUCUUUCGGCUUUGUGAUUGUUCCAACAUUGAUUAUCGGAGUCAUUUACGCGAACGUCACUGCAAAGUUCAUUUACACUCGGGUCCUCGGUACUUCGCGACACACGCACAGUCACACAGUGAUAGGAUGGGGUGUUUGGGCUAUCAUCAUGGUGGGUAUCUAUCUGGUGGCAUUCGUUUUCGCUGAGGUCAUCCCCAGUAUGGGUGAUUUCCUUUCUCUUCUGAGUGCGACAUUUGACUCCUUCUUUGGAUUCAUCUAUUUUGCCAUUGCUUACUGGCAACUCAACCGUGGAUCGCUGUUCAAAGGUCUGGGAAGAUCUAUCAACACUGUGUUCAACAUCUUCAUCUUCAUUGUUGGGCUCUUUGUGCUUGGUCCCGGGCUCUAUGCUGCUGUCAAGGCUAUCAUAGCUGAUUAUUCGGGAUCUAUCACCCCGGCCUUUACAUGUGCUAAUCUCGCUAUUUGA